GCGGCGCAGGCCGGGUCGCCGGUUCACUGCAAGCGGUCAGCGCUUCGCGGUGCAGCUGCCGGAGCUCGGAGAGACCUGCGGCGGCGUCACCAUGUUGUGCAGGGCGGCGUGCAGCGCGAGCCGGAAGCUGGUGCCCGCUCUGGGGUCGCUGGGCUGCAGGCAGAAGCACAGCCUCCCCGACCUGCCGUACGACUAUGGCGCCCUGGAGCCUCACAUCAACGCCCAGAUCAUGCAGCUGCACCACAGCAAGCACCACGCGGCCUACGUGAACAACCUGAACGCCACCGAGGACAAGUACCUCGAGGCGCUGGAGAAGGGUGACGUUACCACUCAGGUAGCUCUUCAGCCUGCGCUGAAGUUCAACGGUGGAGGCCAUAUCAAUCAUACCAUUUUCUGGACAAACCUGAGCCCCAACGGUGGUGGAGAACCCAAAGGAGAAUUGCUGGAAGUCAUCAAACGUGACUUUGGUUCCUUCGCCGCAUUUAAGGAGAAGCUGACCGCUGUUUCUGCUGGUGUUCAAGGCUCAGGUUGGGGCUGGCUUGGUUUCAAUAAGGAACAAGGGCGCUUACAGAUUGCUGCGUGUUCUAACCAGGAUCCCCUUCAAGGAACAACAGGUCUUAUUCCACUGCUGGGGAUCGAUGUGUGGGAGCAUGCCUAUUACCUCCAGUAUAAAAAUGUCAGGCCUGACUACCUAAAAGCAAUUUGGAAUGUAGUCAACUGGGAGAAUGUAACUCAGAGAUACUUGGCUUGCAAAAAGUAGGCCGUGAGCAUUGCACCCCACGCACAAGCUCUUUGCUGCUGUCCUUGUAGUAGUGCAGGUACCUCGGUCCCCUGUGAGCUGCUCUGUUGGAGCAUCUCUGAAUGUAGCUUGUUCACAUAAUUGUUAAACAUAAUUUAGCGCUAUGACUCAUUUCUUGUUUUAAAAUUUUGUUAUUGCGCAUCUGUUUGAAAAUAUUAAAUGCUUAGUAUGAUUUAGUCUUUUGAUUGAACAUUUUCUUCAAGAGAGGUAAAAUACCCAGGAGGCUAUAAAUGUCGUCAUAAAGCCAUGAAAGUAUCGCACCCCUAUACUGUUGGGCCCUCCGGAAGCCUUCUGACCCUGUUCUGCUACAUUUGUAGACAACCUAGGUGUUUGCCCCAGUUGCUUAACAAUAAAAUAUUAAAAAUUUUCCCAAGGGAAGUAUUUAGUUUUCUAUUGAAAAUUACUUGUUUUGUAAGUAAGUAAUCCUAUAUCUAGCAUUAAGUCUGAUAGAUGUCACCCAGUGGUCUUUAAUUAUUUAUGGCCACGUGUUGCACAAAGUUAACACAGUUUUGUCAUUUCAAAAAAAUACAGUGUGGUUGCUAAUUGAGCAUUGCUUUGUUAGGAGAAGGAAAUAGUUGUGCAUCUGAAUAUUUCUGUACAGGGAAAUAUGAAGACUUGUAUGUGAAAUCUUGUCCUUAGACAUAGCAAUGUAUAUUGUGUGAGUGCUCGAAAGGGAUGAAUUCGGCCAAGCUGAUAAAAUCGGUGAUGGGGAUGAGGCCACUGCCCCCUCCUUUCAGACUGUUCUGAGCAGCCCUGGAAGGAGCACCCACCUGCCAGGCGCGGCCUCCCAGAGAGUGGCAACGUGGUUCCUCGGUGCAGCAGCACUGUGCCCCCUCCAGGCACGUUCGUGCCCAAAGACUGGUGUUUGAGUCAUUCUGUUCAUUUUGAUGUAUCUUUUCUAGAAAAUAUAGUCACUAUAGAAGCUUUA